CAAUAUGUAAAAUUUCAAACUAAUUUUACUAUAAAUAUGUUCACAUCAACUGCUAAAAGUAUCAUUAACAUUGUCUAACUUGUUAACGUUAAAUCUAAACUAAAACAAAAUGUUCAAAUACACCGUUGUUAUCUUCGCCUUGAUUGCCUGUGCCGCUGCCAAACCCGGUUUUGUAGCUCCUUUGGCUUAUACUGCUCCCGCUGCCGUUGUUGCUGCCCCCGCCGGUGUUGUCACCGCCACUAGUAGCCAAUUUGUUGCCCGUAAUCACAAUGGUAUUGCCACCGCUCCCGUUGUUGCUCCAGUAGCUGCUCCCGUUGCCGCCUACACUGCCCCUGUUGCCGCUGCUUACACCGCCCCAGUUAUAGCCAAAUACGCUGCUGCCUACUCUACUCCCUUGGCCUAUUCUGCUCCCGUUGCAGCUGCUUACAGCGCUCCUUUGACUUAUGCCGCCACUCCUUUGGCUUAUGCUAACGCUCAUUUGGAUGCUGCUUAUGCCAGCAGCCGUGUUGAUCUUAAGCAAAACUACAACGCUGCCGUUGUUCCUGCCACUUAUGCUGCUGCCGUAGCUCCUCUUAGAUACACAGCCGCCCCAGUGUUUUUGUAA